AUGGAAUCCCCCACGAUGCACGCUGUACGCCUACCAAAGCUAAAGACGAAGCGAGAUAUGGAAUCCCCCGAGCAGCACUGGGCUCGAUUGGAUAACCUGAAAGCUCAGCGUAUCAUGGAAUCUCCAGACAAACGCGCGAGCCGUUUUAGCAAGCUCCAAGCAAAGCGGCAGUUGGAGUUACCUGAAGAUCGCGGCAUUCGAUUGAAUGCAUUGAAAGCUCAGCGCAACGGAAGGCUUUGCAUGUGUCUGAAAGCGUCGAAGAACGGGAAAGACGACUUGAACGCCGGCGACAAGGACUUCAUCGCGUUCAAGAAGCUAAGAGCAACAAUGUAA